AUGUCUACAUUUGGUCAAUACUUCAAAGUUACUACGUACGGAGAGUCGCAUUGUCGCUCUGUAGGAUGUAUAGUCGAUGGAGUUCCACCAGGAAUGGAACUCACAGAAGCAGACAUUCAACCUCAAAUGACUCGUCGUCGUCCAGGUCAAUCUGCCCUUACUACUCCCCGGGAUGAGAAAGACAAAGUCGAAAUUCAAUCUGGCACAGAAUUUGGAAUUACCCUUGGUACACCAAUCGGAAUGAUUGUUCGUAACCAAGAUCAGCGACCACACGAUUAUGGAAACAAAACAAUGGAUCUCUACCCUCGCCCUUCUCACGCAGAUUGGACAUACCUCGAGAAGUACGGUGUCAAGGCAAGCAGUGGUGGUGGAAGAAGUAGCGCAAGAGAAACAAUUGGUAGAGUGGCAGCAAGUGCAAUUGCUGAAAAAUAUCUCAAACUCGCCCAUGGAAUCGAAAUUGUCGCAUUUGUCUCUUCUGUUGGCAGUACCCAUAUGUUCCCACCCACCGCCGAACACCCAAGUCCUUCCACAAACCCCGCUUUUCUCUCACUCAUUCAAGACAUAACACGAGAGCGUGUUGAUGAAUUUGUUCCGGUCCGUUGCCCUGAUAUCAAAGCAUCUGAGAAAAUGGCCGAAGUCAUCGCAGAAUACAGAGAUAAACAAGAUAGCAUUGGAGGAACCGUUACUUGCGUGAUUCGCAAUGUUCCUUCCGGCCUUGGCGAACCUUGUUUCGACAAAAUGGAAGCAAUGCUCGCUCAUGCAAUGCUCAGUAUCCCUGCCUCUAAGGGUUUCGAAAUCGGAUCUGGUUUUGGUGGUUGUGAAGUCCCAGGAUCCAAACAUAAUGACGCAUUCAUCCUUGCUACUGAAGUUCCACCUCUCGAAACCGGAGCAUCAAAGAAUGGAAUCCCACGUCCUAGAUUAACCACUAAGACAAAUAACUCUGCUGGUAUUCAAGGAGGAAUUACGAAUGGUGCUCCAAUUUACUUCCGUGUAGCAUUUAAACCCGCUGCCACCAUUGGUCAACCCCAAGAAACUGCUACUUAUGACGGUACUGGUGCCGGUAUUUUGGAAGCAAAGGGUCGUCAUGAUCCAUGCGUUGUUCCCAGAGCAGUACCUAUUGUAGAAGCUAUGGCAGCUCUCACAGUUAUUGAUGCAUUAAUGGCACAACAAGCUCGUCAAACCUCUAGAAGUCUUUUACCUCCUCUCAAGAACAUUGUACCUGCGAAGUAUACAGUAGUUGGUGGUGAUGCUGCAAAGGAGAAGAUGGAGAUACAAGAUAAGGGGGUUGCUGGUGGUAUUAAUGAGGAAGUUUUGAAUGGAUUAAAUUAG